AUUGGCGGGGCAGGCGGGGUCUGGUCCGGUGGCCGCUCCUCUGCGGCUCUGAGGUCUUCAACACCUGACAUAUUUUUAUAGAAGCAGGAAUCCAAUUUUAUUUUAUUCUUCCUAUGGAAAACCAGUGGUGCCAACACCAUGUAUUCAAUAGCACAUCCUUCCUCAUCGCCAUUAUCAUUGCAGGUCAAAUAGCUGUAUUUUGUGUAUCUAAUUGGAGAGUCUUGUGCUUCUAAUAAUACCUGUGUGACUGGGUCCUGCCUGUAGCCCCUGGAACAUCCAGGGCAUCUCUGGCAAUGGCAGCAGAGCUCCUGUCUGCCCAGCCCCAGGCUGCGGUGACCUUUGAGGAUGUGGCUGUGCUACUCUCCCGGGAGGAGUGGUGUCGCCUGGCCCCUGCUCAGAGGGACCUCUACAGGGACGUGAUGCUGGAGACCUACAGGAACCUGAUCUCGCUGGGAACAGGACUCACAGGUCCAAAACCUGGGGUGAUCUCACAGCUGGAACGUGGGCAUGAGCCGUGGGUCCUGGAUGUGCAGAGCACCAAGGGGAGAGUUGAUGGCUCAGAUUGUGGGACCAGGACUGAGUUCAAGGAGUUGACUUCAGGAGAGAUGUUUGAUGGAGAACAAUUAGAUCAACUCAGGGGGAUUAUUCCCCAGCAACUUCACCUGGGAGAAUACAUUGAGCACGUUGGGGAGCUAGAGGAGUGCCUGGACAAGCCAGUGGGGCAGAAAGGCCCUAGGCCAGUCAUGGUGACUGGUGAGGAGAGGGGUCAGGAAUCUGGGAGAAGCUUCAGGUUGGGGUCAAGCCCUAUCCCAGAUCAGAGACCUUACAAAUGCGAUAUAUGUGAGCAAAGUUUUGAGCAGAGAUCAUACCUCAACAACCACAAGCGUGUGCACAGGUCAAAAAAACCAAAUACAGUUCAUGAUUUUGGGGAAAUCUACAAUGCAAAUUCACUUGUUAAUGAAGAUCGGAAAAUUCUAAUUGGGAAAAAAUUGCAUUAUUGUAGCUACUGUGGGAAAACCUUCAGGUAUAGUGCUAACCUUGUUAAGCAUCAGCAGCUUCACAGUGAGGAGAAGCCCUACAAGUGUGAUGAGUGUGGGAAAGCCUUCAGCCAGAGCUGCGAGUUCAUCAAUCACAGGAGGAUGCACUCAGGGGAGAUCCCCUACAGGUGUGAUGAGUGUGGGAAGACAUUCAAUCGGAGGCCCAACCUCAUGAAGCAUCAGAGGAUUCACACUGGGGAGAAGCCCUACAAGUGUGGUGAGUGUGGGAAACACUUCAGUGCCUACUCUUCCCUUAUUUAUCACCAGAGAAUCCACACUGGAGAAAAACCCUAUAAAUGUAACGACUGUGGGAAGGCGUUCAGUGAUAGUUCAAUCCUUAUCCGACAUCGGCGGACUCACACUGGGGAGAAGCCAUUUGAGUGUAAAGAAUGUGGGAAAGGCUUUACCCAGAGUUCUAACCUUAUCCAACAUCAGCGAAUUCACACUGGAGAGAAACCCUAUAAAUGUAAUGAAUGUGAGAAAGCCUUCAUCCAAAAAACCAAACUUGUUGAACAUCAGAGAAGCCACACUGGAGAGAAGCCCUAUGAAUGUAAUGAUUGUGGCAAAGUCUUCAGCCAGAGCACACACCUUAUCCAACACCAGAGGAUCCACACAGGAGAGAAGCCCUACAAGUGUAGUGAGUGUGGGAAGGCCUUUCACAACAGUUCCAGACUCAUUCACCACCAAAGAUCACACCAUGGAGAGAAACCAUACAAAUGCACUGAUUGCAAGAAGGCCUUCAGCCAGAGUACUUACCUUAUACAGCAUCGGAGAAUCCACACUGGAGAGAAGCCCUACAAGUGCAGUGAGUGUGGGAAGGCCUUCCGGCACAGCUCCAAUGUGUUUCAGCAUCAGAGGAUUCACCUCCGAGAAGACUUCUCCACGUGACUACAGAGGAGGGUCCAUCAGUGCAGAAUCCUACUGUGCACUUCCUCCACCCUCACCUACCUCCCUUUAUUUAUUGUCCACACAGUGUUGUCAGGGUGGAGGGGCAUUUGUUAAUUAAAGAGAACUGUUUUCUUAAUCCAAAAGCACUGUAUGUUCAUUUUAGAGAAAUUAAGAGAGAAAGGUAAGCAAAAAUGAGAAGCUCUUGUAAUUCCCUUACUUAGAAAAAAAUAAGUUACCACUGCCACUUUGGUAUGUUUCCUUUCAGACUAUUGAAGAGCAUUUAUAAAAAGAAUAUAUUGUUACGUCCAUUUUCACAGCUUUUCACUUUUGCUAUUUUUUCAUUACCAAAAAAUUCA